AUGAGACUACCAGCCAUCUCUAUAGCUGCCACACCAGUCUGCAUUCCUCAUGACACACUUCCUGUCCGGCCGAGUCGCUGCCUGGUGUUCACUCCCAUGAUGUUUCCCAGAAUCUCAGACUCUGCCCGCCUGUUGACCAGCAGUCAGAGUAUUCCGAGACUGAACCCUUUACAUCCACCUUUGGUCCAUAAACGCACCGUCAGUCUGGAGACGCCAGCUGUGCACCACCACAACCACCAGAGGACAGUGAUCAUGCAGAGGAGAGAGUACCACCGGUAUCAUCAAGUGUGGAGAAAACCUUUUUAUGGAACCAGCAGUGAGAGAGAAGAGUACAGGAAGGAGCUGCGUGAGCAGUUAAAAAGGCAGAUCGAGGAUAAAUGUGUAGCACUAAAGCUGCAGCUGGCCGGUAAAGCGAAGGAAGCAGAAUAUCUGCAAGAAGUGGACCGCUUUGACCUGUCCAGUGAAAAAGAGCUGAGGAUCCAACACAGCAAAGCAAUGACAGCUUACAGAGAUGAGAACAAGAGGCUAAUGGAGCAGAGCUGGAGGGACAGAGCACUAACACGCUCCCAGGAGAAGCUAAAGGAGAGAGAGCUGCUGGGCCUCAACCCCAUUAACUGGAGUGGAACACUGAAAUAGGUUGAACCUCAACAUCCAGAGUGAAAACUGAAGACUCAGGCCUUCCUGUAGCACUUGGGCAUGUAGGAUUAAAAGAUGAAAAUGGGAUGCAACAUAUAUUACAUGUAAUCAGUUAUGUGAUUAUGUGAAAAGGAUUAAAAACAUUCCUUUUUAGCAAAACCUUUGGUUCCUCCCAUCUAGAUGGUUUUUAGAUUAUGUAUGUAUGUUUUCUGUUUUUA